ACAAACAACUAUUUUAGAAACCUGCCACAGAGAUCCACCAUCAUUGUCCACACUUGGAUCAACGCUCUACCUAUUCCUUUCAUCAUAUCAGUAUCACCAGCUAAUCUGGACAUGAGAUAGACACAUUUCACCGCAUACCCUCUUUUCAGCCAGUUAUAGGAACCUGCCACUACCAAGAGUAGGAUUCAGCCAUAGGUAUGCCACUUCAAGUACUGCUUUUUGGAACAGAGUCUUGCCAGCUGAUCGAAAAAAACUGAUGUUUUUAACAAUAAGUUAAGAAUGUUGAACCUGCUUGUAUCACCAUUACCUAGCUUCUGCUAGAGUAGUAAGAAUGUUGGCAAGUUUUUUUGAGGGCAAAUGUUGGCAACAGCAGAAAGAUGAGUCAGUCCUGGCAGGUCUUUCCCAUGGUUCCUCCAAGGCCAGCCAAAUGAUUGUGUCUGUACGCCUAAGUAUUUGGCAAGUGUAGUAUUAAGUGUCAAGAAACCAACUUCUAAUUGUUUAAAUCCACCCCUUCCUCAUCUCAGUUUUACUGCCAGGGAUUUCCUGGCCCUGCAACUAUUAGUUCAGAUGUCUUCGCCUUUCUGUCCCAUUCCCUUCCCAGUUCUUGGGAGAGGCCCUGCUUCCCAGCCAGUUUCCUGCUCCCCCCAUCUCCUUUUCCUGCCCCACCUCCUGUGUGUGAAUGACCAGAGGAAAUCCGUGCGCAGUCAUCGCCGGACUUAAGUCACACAGCGCAUACAAGAACGCCCUAGUAGAGACUGGCCAUCGUAUCCUGAAGAAGAACAUGGAGCCUGGUUGCCUGUUGGAUGCAUGAGAAAGAGUAACAUCUGGAGAUUGUACCAGCUAGGAUUCCCAUUGGAACAGGUUCCAGGUCCUUGUGGCCAUGUUUUCAGAUGAGCGGAAGGACGGGAGCCCCCGUUUUGGGAAGCUUCAUUUUCCUGUUGGCCUUUGGAUCAACUCCCCAAAGAAACAUUUUGCCAAGCUGGGACGCAGGUGGCCAAGUGUGGGGUCAGUCAAGUCAACAUCAUCAGAUACAGCCAGCCGUGGCAGUGAAUCUGUGGAGAUGCGGCCAGCCACAAAGAAUAAGGCCAGUCGACAUAAGAGGCUGUCAACACUCUUCCAGAGAGGGGGGACAGGAGGUCCAACCAGUGGAGCUGGAGGCCGCUGGGCCAGUGAGAAGAAACUGGCUGACCUCAUUGAUCCUUUGCCUGAAGAUAGAGUAGAGCCCCCAUCCCAAGGAGAAGUGCCAGGCAUCCUGAAGAUCUAUGGCGGAGACAUCUCCUCAGGUGCCAAUUACAAGAGUGUGUUGGCCACUGUGCGCUCCACUGCUCGGCAGCUGGUGCAAGAGGCACUGGAACGCUAUGGUGUGGCGCAGGCCAAUGCCGAAGAUGCCUACGUGUUGUGUGACGUUGUCGGUAGUGUUCAUAACACAGAUGGCACCUGGCAGGCCCAGCAUCUUCGAGCAGUGGGCGACUGUGAACGGCCCCUUGUACUGCAGGAUGUGUGGAAACCCAAGACUGGUUGCACCCGCCGUUUUGAAAUCCGGCGGCGAUGUGAUGUGGAGAGAAUGGUAGAAGGCGAGGAUGACGAUGCGGGUGUCAAUUCCCAGAAUCGUCGGCAGCAAUCCCGCCGCUCUCGGGCAGCUUCAGGAGGCCAUGUAGCCCCCAAAGAGAGGGCAGACAACCUCUCCCUCCGUCGCAGCAUCAGUGAGAUGAACCUCAGCAUAAAACGCCGCAAGGACCGCAAAGGUGUGCUCAGCAUGGCAGUAGGAGAACCUGCAGAAGGGAGUCCCUCUGAGGAGUCACGGCUCAAAGGAGCUGAAGAUGGCACAUCAGCUCCUUCAGCCUCCGGAGAAGACGCCGUGGAUGUAGCCAGUUUAGAGCAGCUCACCCAGUGCCUUAUUCAGCCACCAACAGAACACCCUUAUUUCUUACAGUUGUUGGGCUACAAUGAAAAGCAGGAGUUUGUGAUCCAUGUGAUGACACGUCGGCGACACAUUUUUGGACGCCCUGAACGCCGGCAGGCUUCAGACCAAUCCAACUACGUGGACACGUUCCUGAGUGCCCCAGACAUUCUGCCGCGCCAUUGUUGCGUGGUGUCUUCAGUGCCCCCUGCAGACCCCAGCCAGCCCCGGGGUUCAGCCAUGGUGCGACCUUUCCGGGGAGCAUCCAUCACCCACAAUGGUGCCCCACUCCACCGCCAGGUGGAGCUGGCCCCUGGAGACUUGCUAGGGAUGGGGCAGCACUUCCUCUUCAUGUAUAAGGACCCACGGGCUGCAGCUGCGCCACCUGCUUGGUUGCCCAAAGCAUGGGUGUCCCCAGGGUUGGUGGGGGCCUUGGCAUGCCAGGCCUGUGGCCGGUCCCUACAGGAACGGCAAGAGGCAUUCCGGGCCUAUCUGAAGAGCCGAGAACCUCAACUGCGCUACCGACCCCAAGAGCAGGAGGCUCUCCUAUCCGAAAUUGUGAGGCUUCAGGAGACUCCUGGUUGCAAGCUGGGGCCUGCCUUUCUCUUUGGGCUGUGUCUGGAGCAUGCUGCCCGGGAACUAGAACCAGGACACCUCCCCAGAUUAAUAGCCAGGAUUGCUCAGCUAGUCAAGGAGGCUGUUUGGGAGAAGAUAAAAGAGAUUGGAGAUAGACAAUCAGAAACCCAGCAGGAAAAAGGAGAGUCCAGGAAUCUCAGCGUUGAGGAGGUGGCUGCUGACUUGCGCCCCCUUAUGCUAUGGAUGGCCAACUCAAUGGAAUUGCUCAAUUUGGUGCAAAAAAGAGUCCUGGACAUCGAGAAAGAUCUGGACUUGGAGGGAGUUUCCCACAGUGCAUUGCUCUCCAGUGACUUGGAGACCUGUGAUGAGGCAAUGGCAGUCUUGGAUGAAGUCAUCAUGUCCACAUUCCAGCAGUCUGUAUACUACCUCACUAAGACCCUCUACUCAGCCCUUCCUGCCUUGAUAGACAGCAACCCCUUCACAGCUACAGCUGACUUGUCCCAUGUGCCUGAGAUCAGCAGCAUGCCUGAGGGGAUCCGUGGGACCCUUGCCAUAUACCAGGCCACCCUUGAGUUGACCCGGGACUGUGACCUGCACCCUGACCUCGUCUCGCAGACCUUUGGAUACCUUUUCUUCUUCUCCAAUGCCUCGCUCUUUAACACCCUCAUGGAGAGAGGUGGUUCUCAGGGCCUGUUCCUGUGGGCCAAGGCGGUGCAGAUCCGAACUAACCUCGACCUGGUGCUGGACUGGCUGCAAGGGGUGGGCCUUGGGGACAUUGCUGCUGAAUUCUUCCGCAAGCUCAGCACAACAGCCAACCUGCUCUGUGUCCCCAAAACGGGUUUGCUUCAGGCAACCUGGUCUCGAUUGAGAGAUGAUUAUCCGGCUCUAACUCCAGCCCAGCUCCAGCACGUGCUUCGGAAUUAUCAACUGGGACCGGGCCGAGUGCCCCCUGACUCCUGGCAAACCCCAGAACAGGAAAGAGAGGAGAUUGCACACAGUGACAUAUUUGAGAGCUUCACAGAUCAUCCACCACUGAUUCUUCCAUGCGAUGGGUUCCGCUUGCGUCUCUCAGAGCCUGUGUCCGAUGACAUCCUCCAUCGCCAACUUAUUCGCCUGCGUCGCUUUCUCUGGGAACUGGAGCGUGAGUCCCUCCCAGCCAACCAAAGGGCAGCAUAUGGGCUGGAUCCCAGUCAAUGACAUGCAAGUGUUUAAAAUAGUUCUUGGUUCCUGGGAAUUUUUGCCUGAUCAUUCCUAACUAGAUGUAUGGAUACCCUGAAGCUGGGUUUGGAGGGGUCAGAAACACCUGAAACAGUGAUAAUUUGUCUCAAUGCAGGAUUGUCCUGAAGAUUUAAGUCCUUAACUAUAUCCAAGGUUAUCAAAAGUAGCCCAUUUGCUGCUAUCAUAGUUUCCUGUUCAUUGCUGUCUAUUGGCUGGUGCUGGUCAUUUUGAGGACCAGCCUCAAAAUUCUUUUGAGAUUACAACCUCUUCCAAACUGUUCGUGUUCAUUUCCUGACCUCAGGUCAUGCUGUUCCUAGCAACUAUGUAUUCCUUUCUUCACUGCAAUAAAGCUAGUAAUUAUAAUAAAAUCAGACAUAUUUUGACAUCAAAGGAAACUCCUUGGUGAAUACAGACCAUUCCCAGAACACAUUGUUAUAGAAAAUAGAAUGGGAGACCGGGUUUUGGCUACACCACGGCCAGUAUGGUACACUGGUAUUGAUAUGGGGUGUGUAUGUGUGCUUGUAAAUCACUGGGGUGUUUUGAGAUUUGGGGGUGUCUCCAUUACAGGACAUCUGGGACAUGCCUAUUUUUUAUGUUAAUCUUUGUAUCUGUGUGAAAAAUAUUACAGAUUGAUGAUGAUAAAUGGAAGCUCUUA